AGAGAGGCUCGCGUGUCGCUCCGCGCAGGCGGGUGGCCCGGAGCGCGAGUGCCCGCACAGGCGGCGACGGCUGCGCCCCACAUCAUGAACAGAGGCUUCUCCCGAAAGAGCCACACGUUCCUGCCCAAGAGCUUCUUCCGCAAGAUGUCGUCGUCCGGGGCCAAGGACAAGCCCGAGCUGCAGUUCCCGUUCCUGCAGGACGAGGAGACGGUGGCCGCGCUGCACGAGUGCAAGACGCUGUUCAUCCUGCGUGGCCUGCCCGGCAGCGGCAAGUCCACGCUGGCCCGGCUCAUCGUGGACAAGUACCGGGACGGCACCAAGAUGGUGUCUGCCGACGCCUACAAGAUCACGCCCGGCACGCGGGGGACCUUCCCUGACGAGUACAAGCAGCUGGACGACGACCUGGCCGCCUACUGCCGUCGCGACGUGCGCGUACUCGUGCUGGACGACACCAACCACGAGCGGGAGCGGCUGGAGCAGCUCUUCGAGAUGGCUGACCAGUACCAGUACCAGGUGGUGCUGGUGGAGCCCAAGACGGCGUGGCGGCUGGACUGCGCCCAGCUCAAGGAGAAGAGCCAGUGGCAGCUGUCCGCCGACGAGCUGAAGAAGCUGAAGCCCGGCUUGGAGAAGGACUUCCUGCCGCUCUACUUCGGCUGGUUCCUGACCAAGAAGAGUUCCGAGAGUCUCCGCAAGGCAGGCCAGGUCUUCCUGGAGGAGCUGGGCAGCCACAAGGCCUUCAGGAAGGAGCUGCGGCACUUCAUCUCUGGGGAUGAGCCCAAGGAGAAGAUCGAACUGGUCACCUACUUUGGGAAGAGACCCCCAGGUGUGCUGCACUGCACCACCAAGUUCUGUGACUACGGGAAGGCCGCAGGGGCUGACGAGUACGCCCAGCAGGAGGUGGUGAAAAAAUCUUACUGCAAAGCCUUCACGCUGACCAUCUCUGCCCUGUUUGUGACACCCAAGACCACUGGGGCCCGGGUGGAGCUGAGCGAGCAGCAGCUGCUGUUGUGGCCGAGUGACGUGGACAAGGCGGCACCCUCCGACAGCCUGCCGCGGGGAAGCCGCGCUCACAUCACCCUGGGCUGCGCGGCCGACGUGGAGGCCGUGCAGACGGGCAUUGACCUCUUGGAGAUUGUGCGGCAGGAGAAGGGGGGCAGCCGCGGCGAGGAGGUGGGUGAGCUCACCCGGGGCAAGCUCUACUCCCUGGGCAGUGGGCGCUGGGUGCUGAGCCUGGCCAAGAAGAUGGAGGUCAGGGCCAUCUUCACGGGCUACUACGGGAAGGGCAAGCCUGUGCCCACGCACGGCAGCCGCAAGGGGGGCAGCUUGCAGGCCUGCACUGUCCUCUGAGCCUUCUCCCUGCACCUCGCCCUUCACUCUCUACAAGGGAAGGGGAGGAGAGGGAACCAUGCCUUCCCCCAACUUUAUUUUAAGAUUCCUACCCCCCCCCCUUUUUUUUAUAGUCAAAGUUAAAAGUUAACUUGCCUGUAACUUUUUGGAAACUUGUACUAUAACUGCCCCCUCCCCCCACCCUCGUCCCCUCUAAUACUCAAGCUGUCAACUCAAGGAGCGUGGCUAGGCACAUUCAGGAACCUGCACCAAAGCUGAGGAGGCUGGGCCGUGCUGGGCCUAGAGCCGCAGCCAGAACCCUGCCCUGCCCACUUCCAGGUACUGGUUGGCCCCGCCCCUAGCCCAGGGCCGGGCUAGUGGGGGAGGCUCCUGGGCCUCAUCACCCCACUGCUGGAGGCAGAGGGCAAUGGGGCAGGGUGGUGGGCAGGGCAGGCACCCACUGCCAAAGCAGUGGCUCUGGGAGAACCCCUGGACUCUGACCCCACUUCUUAAUCACUGUGGCCCCAGUAAGGCUGGGGCUAUCUACUAGGGUAGUAAAAGGGGUUUACCUCCCACCUUCAGCCCCAAGUCCCUGUGCCAGCAUCACACCCUAACUCAGUAACUGGGGAGAACAGAACAGGAAGCAGCAGCCUGCUUCUGGCCUCUGCCCAGGAAGGCAGUGAUGGGCUGGCUGCCCUGUCUAGUACUGUGGCGCUGUUGCAUCGUGGGGAGAUGGAGGCCAGAGACAGCAUGGUGGUGGCAAAGCGGUCUGUCCAGCCCAUCUUGCCCCCAUGGUGCCUCUGGAGGCCUCUGGGCCUCCUCUACAGGGGGUUGGUGGGCAGAGAGCCAGUGGGGUGGACCCCAAGCUGGUAAGGGUUUCUCAACAUUGCCACACGGCCUGUGUUCCUGGGGUGCCCUCCAGCUCCCUCUGCUCAGUAACAGGACCUUGCUAAUCGGGCUGUCACUCAACAGAAGUGCUUGGGAUUUAUGUUACUCUCCUGGCUCUGCCCAGCUCCGGCAACUUGUAUGACUGAUAAUGAAAUAAAUGAUGUUAAU